AUGAGAGAAAGAGAGGUACUUGUCUUGCUCACCGCCCUCACUCUUCCCACAUCGCCUUUUGGCUCUCGCUGUUGUACUCUUGCAUAUGUAAUAGGUGCACAUAAUUUUUUUUUUGCGGCACGCACACACAGACGCACAGCCGCCAUGUCGCAGCCGUACAGCGCCGUGGCAGACGCAACGGGUAAGGCGUACGUGGAUAUUCGAGUGUGCGACCUCCUCGUCCAGCAGGGCAACAUGCCAAAGGGGCUGGACAGCGACUUCCAGAUUGACGGGCUGUACGUGGUGCUUCGUUGCCAAGAGGACGUGCGCCGCACCAGCUGUCUGUGGUCCACGGCGCCUGGAGCGUGUGCAACGGAGCUGCAAAGCGCCGCCAUGCAGCUGGGCGCUGCUGCGGGUGCAUACGAGGCGCAGAGUGACGAUGCCCUCGUGUGGAACGAGAUGUUUCGCUUUGUCGUCCCCCCAGCGCUACCACUCAGCACUCCUGCCAUCUCACCGCGUGCUCCACACUCUCCGCCCUCUGCGGACGGAGGAGACCCUCAGGGAGGAUUCUGUGCCCCCUACACUCCUCCACUUCCCUUGAGCGGCAGCGCCAGUGGCGUCGCCGGCGGGCUGCAUGACAUACCCGGUGGCAUCGCACUGCCCAUGUCCACGGCAGCAUCCGGUGGAAUGAGGGCGGCUGGCAGUAGCGGUUUUCCUGUCCCCUACACACCACAGCCUUCCUCCCUUGCCAUCUCGACCCCUCCACUGCACAGCGCGGCCGCCCAGAAGCAGCCCUCAGGGGGCGGCAAUGGCGCAAGAGCCACUGAGGCCGUGGCGAGCCACGCUUCUCUCUUCUACCCCACCAUUGAGCUCGAGCUGUGGCGCAGCGCUCCGCUCUCAGAGAAUCUGCUGGGCCGGUACAAAUAUCAUGUCCCAAUGGAGCUGAUGCAAGGCGGAUAUGCCCUCAGCAACCUCGAUGCAGUGGUUGAGCGGGUGGUUUUGCUGCGCACCAAGGACGCUCCGAGCAUCAUGGGCAACCUCUACGGAUGGAGCGGGCAUCGACUCAGCUUGCGGCUGCGGGUGCAAGCGGUGGGGCUGGCGCCCCUGAUGGCUGCAUGGUCGCCCCAGCAAGGCAGUGAGGCGACGAUGACCGCGGCAAGUACGAUCGGCAGUGCCGCUUACCCGGCGCCCUUCCCAACGGGCAUGUUGGGUAACACCGUGACCGGUGCGCCUCCGUACGUGGCAGCGGGCGUCUACGGUGCACCCCUGGGCACGCUGAAUCCGGUACUGGUAAACCUCCUCGCUCCACUGGGUGUGCCCACCGGGGGAAGCGGCGCGGGACAGCUUGCACCCACUGUGAUGAUGUCGAUGCCUGGAGGCAUGGGCGGCGACAACCUCCACAAGCCUGGCCAGCCGCCUUUCUUCUCGAUGUUCCCUCCCGCAUCCGAAGCCCCCGCCGACGUUGGGGGGAAAAUGUUUCACCCUCAUCUGCCUGGGGUGCUGCCAGCGACGCCACAGUCCUCUGGCCAAGGCAUUCUUGGCGAUGGCGACUUGACGUGGCAGUCAAGCACCACUCAGCCGACAGUGUACCCUCCGUAUCGACUGCCAAGGUAA